CCUCUCUCUGGUAUGCAAGGACGGUGGGUGUAGUGGCCCUUCACACUACGGUCAUGUUCCAGAGUGCGAGAUGACCCUCUCGAAGGGGCAGAAUACCCAUGCCCGGUGACUAGUUCUCCGUCACCGCAAGGCAGUCAAGGGAUACUGGGAGCCCAGGUUGCUAUGUAGUAUAAGGCCCUGUCGGCCGCAGGUCUCAUCAACUGAGGUUUCCUUUCCCUCUCUUUCCCUCUCCGUUCCUCUGAGUACCAGUCCGAGAAUCAUUCGUUCUUCUCUGCUAGUACACUUCCUCGACCCAGCCAUGUCCUCGACGGACUACCAGCCUAUUGGCACACCCUUGAAGCCCCAGUACAAUAAUCAUCAUCAUAAUAUGUCCGCCAACACGGCCCCAUCGUUUGUAAACAGGAGCGUGCCAUCAUACUGCGUAACAGGUGAAGAACCCAUGGCUCCCGGCAACAAUUCUCCGCGCUAUUCGCCCAAUGUACAGCCAUGGAAAAGGCAGCAAGCGCAGAGCUCCCUGUCCUUUGUUCGGUCGACGUCGCCUCGGCCUGAGCAGUCCGAGUAUACCACGUCGCAGUCCCGACGCCCAGCGGAGCGUCCUUCGGUGUACAUGUCGCCCUUCCGCUCAGUGCGCCGCAUGAAGCAGCCCUUCCAGCUUCGCCUACCAUCUUCCCCAUCCCUUGAGAACAUUGCAUCUGCCGCCAAAGAGUCCCGACUAUCGCGCCAGGUGUCUGGCGGUCCAACACUCCGAGCCUGGCGCUCAGACCAAAACUUGAACGUGACGAGCAUUGACUCGUUUGGCCUUCUCCCCAGCCCUCCUCUUUCAGAUUCUCUCGGCUCCCAGUCCUCUCCUUCAUCCGCCUACUUUUCGCCCAAACCGGAAUCGGUAUCGGAAUAUGGCCAGACGACCCCGAGAGGAUGCGCGUGCAUACCUGACAAGGAGUCGUGCAAUGACUGCAGCCCUCGACAGCAGAUGGAUCAGCUGGAGACCCCCAAGCAACAAGAGAAGACUACAAACGUGCACAUGGCCCACUCCAAGCUGGUUAGACACUGCGACUCGAGUGACGGGCAGUUGACCCCGGCCUCAACCACUUCGGAAAGCAUACCAUCACCUGCACCCUCCUCGGGCUUCGAGUCCUUUGGGAAGAGAAGCACCUCUGGCUCAUCCACAGGGACGCAAAGGAGCAGAUCGGGCACAGUAUCGAGCGAAGGAAGCUGGGUCCCCAGCAGUCUUUCCUACUGUGGAGACUGGCUCCAGGGCGCUCCCGUGGAGACUGCAGAAAUCCCAGGCGAGAGAUCGCGAGAACAGAACCGACGGAAGUGUCAGAUCGUACAGAAAAGCCCUCAACGCUUGAAGGCACCUGACAAAGCGGUGAUGUUUGCUGUAGCCAGCAAGACCAAACCCAAGUUAGUUGAUAUCUCUCGCCAAUCGUCCCCAGCAAUGAGUUACUCGCUCCCCACGCCUCCACAUCCCAUCCCUUCAACGCCCGACUUAGGGCAACAAGAGAUAUCAGCCUUCAGUCCCGACACGCCCAUGGACAUGUCCGACAGUGGCUACAUCACGCACCAUUCGUGUUCGUCCCCUGACGGAUUCCGAGACGAUAAGGACGACGAUGACUAUACAGAUGCCGACUCUGCUUCAGAAAGCGGUGGUGAAACAGUCAUCUGCAAAAAGCCUACCCAGAUUCACAUCAAUCCGAAGUCUACGCCGAAGUCUACGCCAAAACCAGACCUGCCGCCCAAGUUCAGCACCUCGCCAAAGAUCCAAACGUCGCCCGGACGCUCCUCGGUGACAUCCGAGAAAGAGGAACUGGAGAAAUGGUGGGAUCACGAAUGGACCAUCGACCAGCUGGAGCAUUCCGUGAAAGACUUCCCUCGCAACAUGCUCCGACUCACUUCGCCCGUCAUCAUGUUCAUCCGCCACAACAACGAAAAGGCUCUUCUACGCCCGUUCCGCAGUAUUUUCCCCAAUGUGGCGGAAAACCUGCUGGAUGGGCUCUGCGCGUCGCUCAUCGCGCGCAAUUAUGUAGUAUCCCUGGCGUCCACCAACCGGAAAACCAACAAUUUCUCCCAUCGGACUAAUCUGGCCCGUCUGGAUACCGUGCCCGAGAAAGCGGCCUCAUCCGCAGGGGUGCAGUUCAGCCCUGCCACCCCGUCCCGUAUCAAGGAACGCGUUCUCGGGUCAAGGAGCUUGGAGCUUCGCAAAGAUCUCGAUCGCAUCGUGGAUAAUCUGCUGUUCGCGAUUUGCGGUCGCGCCGACGAGACGUUGAAGUCCGCCGUGCUGGUCUUAGCACAGGUUCUUGAGACCAAGAACUAGACACAUUCUUUCUAUUGUCUCCCUCUUUUCCUUUACACUUGUGUGCUCAACACCAUAGACUAUCCGUCUUGUUUUCUUAUUUCGUCCGAUGUUUCUAUAUGUCACUCUGUCUCUCUUUGAUCAUACUUUCUUAUCAUGUCUUUCUCUUGGCUAGACCAGACUGCUUCCACCCCAGCCUUUCGUUUCGCUGUACUCUGUCCUUUCAUCUCCUUUCCGUGUCGCAUCCCCCGUUAUACAUGCCUGUGGCCUGUCAACCCCUUUCCUUGUAUUGUGUUUACAUCCUGGCCCUCCAGAUCUCAUAUGUACCGUGUGCAGUUAGCCCCUAUGGCUAAUGUAUAAUUAGUAUUAGUAGUAGUAGUAGUUAGACCCCCGUCCUAGAUAUUUAAUGAUACCCUUGC